UAAAAUGAAUAUUUAUGUAAGUACUUCAUAAUAACUGGAUCCAGCUGCAUUCCAAUGUGAUCACAACGCGGAAGCAACAAAUAGCAGAAAUCCCUGCAGGUCACAGUUUGGCGGUGCGCAGCGCCCCCUGGCGGCUCCACCCAGCGGCCAGAUGAUCUGAAGCAGAACAAACAGGAAGUGAUCGAUGUUUCCUCAGCAGUUUCUCCACUUAAUUCAAACUUCGUCGGAUGAAGGACGCUCUCUACGCGGUACCAGGGUGUAUCCAGCCUCCUGAGUCCGUUGCUGUACUUUUGUUUCCUUCCAGUCCGCCUUCAUUCAUUUCUCUCAGGAUCUGAGUGUGUCUGCUGCUGCUGCUGCUGCUGCUGCUGCAGGGCGUGCUUACAAGUUCAACUUUGCCUGAGGUUAUUCAACAAGCGGCUCCAGACAGUGUUCAAAGGUUUUCCAACGCCGCUGCUGAACAUCUCAGCUGAACCACCAGUUUGCGAGAUGGCUUCUGCAUGGCAAAGUGUCCUGUCUGUGCACCAGAGGAUAGUGGACAAUGGAGACAAGAGGACGGACCCGUGGCUGCUGGUCUACUCCCCCGUCCCGGUGGCGCUCAUCUUCCUGGUUUACCUCUUUGUGGUCUGGGCCGGACCUCGUCUGAUGAAACACAGAGAACCCGUUGACCUCAAAGUAGUUCUCAUUGUUUACAACUUCGCCAUGGUUGGCCUGUCGGGGUACAUGUGCUACGAGUUCUUUGUCACAUCGUGGCUCUCCAGCUAUAACCUCCUCUGUCAGCCUGUAGACUACAGCACCAAUCCGCUGGCAAUGAGGAUGGCCAAAGUGUGCUGGUGGUUUUUCUUCUCCAAGGUCAUAGAGCUCAGCGACACGAUUUUCUUCAUCCUGAGGAAGAAGAACAAUCAGCUGACUUUCCUUCACGUGUACCAUCACGGCACCAUGAUCUUCAACUGGUGGUUGGGGAUCAAGUAUGUGGCCGGAGGACAGUCGUUCUUCAUCGGCCUGGUCAACACCUUCGUUCACGUGGUGAUGUACGCUUACUACGGCCUGGCUGCGAUCGGGCCUCACAUGCAGAAGUAUUUAUGGUGGAAACGUUACCUGACAUCUCUGCAGCUGGUGCAGUUUGUGCUGUUCCUCCUGUACACCGGCCAAAACCUGAUGGCGGAUUGCGACUUCCCCGACUCCAUGAACCUGUUAGUGUUCGGCUACUGCGUCACCCUCAUCAUCCUCUUCAGCAACUUCUACUAUCAGAGCUACGUCAGCCAGAGGAAGAAGCAGAAGCAGAAGUGAGGUGCGCUGAUGAGGCGUUACACAUAACCAAACACACUGAGGGUUUCUGAGAAGUGCUGACAUGAGAGUAUUGUGUCAGCUGGAAGGGUUUUAUACAGUGAAUUAGGUUUUUUUUUCCUUCGUCUGCAGUAUUCAUCUGUGUCCACUAGAGGGCACAACCUCCCCACAAUCUGAAGGGUUUCCUUUUUCUUUUUUUUUCCCAGGGUGCUACAGUUAAAGCGUUCUAAACCUCACGAAAUAAUGUUAACAAUUGUGUGAUCAUUCAGUUAUUUAUUUCUUAAAUUGAGAAAUGACAAACAUUCAAAUGAUUGCUGUAAACAAACUGUACAUUUUAUACAUAUAAUAAUAAAGUCGGUUGGUUUCUCUGCAUUAUUGCAGAAUUAAUGAGGCCAAACCCUCCUCCAGAGAUAAAUCCAAAAAGCAAAAAAAAAAAAAAACACUUAACAAAAUACAGAAAUGCAAACGUCUUUUUUUUUUUUCCACUGCUAAAACAGCACAGCAAAAAUGAUAUAUUAUUAUCUACACUUCAGUCUAAAACAGAUUGAAAGAUGUAGAUUAGAGAGAAAAAAAAACACAAAGAGGAGGGAGAGGACGAUUGAUUUGGAGUCUGUUCAGGAGUGUUAUGGUUUAUAUAGUAAAACUGAAGGUAUUGCAUGAAUAAGCAAAGUCUGAUUGAACUUUAAGUGUGCAACUUCUAGCACCGAUGUAUUAAAGUCCCUGUACGUGAUGAGUUCCUGGACAAUAAAGGUGAAACUAAUCAGAAAAGAUCAUCAGCUGUGUAAC